UCAAACCUCUCUACACAGCUGCUGAUUCUUCCAGUGCUCCACACUUGAGAAGCAGCAGAGAUCUCCGCAAGCUCUUGACCUAGAUGCCGUCUGGUCAGGAGGAGCAGCGGCACAGGACGGUGAGGUCGGAGCCACCGAAGCGGCCCGCGGGGCGGACCAAGUUCCAGGAGACGCGCCACCCGCUGUACCGCGGCGUGCGCCAGCGGGGGCCCGCCGGGCGGUGGGUCUGCGAGGUGCGCGUGCUCGGGAUGAGGGGCUCCAGGCUCUGGCUCGGCACCUUCGUCACCGCCGAGAUGGCGGCGCGCGCCCACGACGCCGCCGUACUCGCGCUCUCCGGCCGCAAAGCCUGCCUCAACUUCGCCGACUCCGCCUGGCGGAUGCUACCCGUGCUCGCGGCCGGCUCCUUCGGCUUCGGCAGCGCGCGGGAGAUCAAGACCGCCGUCGCCGUCGCCGUCCUCGCGUUCCAGCGGCAGCAGAUCGUUCUUCCAGUCGCGUGCCCGGCGGCGGAGCCGGCCGUCGCCCUGAGCGGCGCGCUGUUCUCCAUGUCGUCAGGCGACUUGCUGGAGCUCGACGACGAGCAGUGGUUUGGCGGCAUAGUCGGCGGGUCGUACUACGAGAGCUUGGCGCAGGGGAUGCUCGUGGAGCCGCCGGACGCCGGAGCCUGGCGAGAGGACAGCGACCACAGCGGCGUGGCGGAGACGCAGACGCCGUUGUGGAGCUAAUCGUUCAGCUAAGCAGACCAAAGUUUUACCGUACAUAUUAGUUUGGGAAGAAACAGAGUAGGCAGUUUGUUUCUUCAUUGUGUAUAGCAAGUUUCCGCUUUCUAUUUUUGGGAGAAAGGGCUAGAUUGCUUAUUUACGCCCAUCAAUUAUAAUUGUCAUGAAUCCAAAUCAAAUAGAGUAUUAUUCC